CGUAAUGCAGCAUAUGACUUGAUUCUCGUAAGUGCGGUGAGUCACAGAACCGGCCUCUGUGCGCGCGAGGUUGUAAACUGGAUAUAAACGCUUUUUUUUUUGUGUGCAAAAGAUCAUAGACGCUCCUGUUUCUUAUUCUUCUUUUUGAAUACGUACGUCAACCCCACAACAUCCACGAAUUCAGAUGGCACCAGAUGUUUGUUUCUUUCCUUGAAAGAAGUGAAAGCGAAACUAAGUCACCAGGAUCCAGGAAUGUGAGGAAUAUAAACAACUCCGAGAGAGAGAAACCGAGUGUGCAGAGCGGUCUAGAUGAUGCCAUGGACUCCAGAAUGAGGAGAUCCGUGUCUCCUGCUCCAGAGUCCAGCUGUGUGUCUGUGAGGAGCGACGUGUCAAUGGAUCCUCCAACUAAUUUCAGUUCAGGAGACUCUCCUGCUAAACGGAGGAGAUCCGUGUCUCCUGCUCCAGAGUCCAGCUGUGUGUCUGUGAGGAGCGACGUGUCAAUGGAUCCUCCAACUAAUUUCAGUUCAGGAGACUCUUCUGCUAAACGGAGGAAAAUUUCAAACAUGAGACCCGUGUCUCUUGCUCCAGAGUCCAGCUGUGUGUCCAUGAGGAGCGACGCGUCAAUGGAUCCUCCAACUAAUUUCAGUUCGGGAGACUCUUCUGCUAAACGGAGCUACAGUAACAAACAUGAAGGAUCAAAGUCUUUGAAUGGCAAGAUGCUGCCAGAUGCCGUCUUCAGGGAGCUCGAGGACACAUGCAUCUCUUUGAUGAAGAAAGAGCUGAGAAGAUUCAAGAAACUGCUGAACCCAGAUUGCCCAGCAUUCUCUGUGAGAGAGGAGGAGGAGGAGGUGGAUGAAGGGCAGAGCCGAGUGAGCGAGGCAGUUCUGAAGAUUAUGCUUCAUGUCCUGCAGAAAAUGAACCAGCCAAACCUCGCUAACUCGCUACAAACCAAGCUGAUCUCAGUGAGUCAACAACAAUUGAAAUCCAGACUGAAGCAGAAAUUUCAGAAAAUCAGCGAAGGAGUCUCAAAUCAAGGGAACGCAACACUUUUGAACGAGAUCUACACAGAGCUUUACAUCACAGAGGGAGGGACUGGAGACAUCAACAAUGAGCAUGAGGUGAGACGGAUUGAGACCUCAUUGUCCAGAGGUCGAGAGACUCAGGAAACACCAAUCAAAUGUAAUGACAUCUUCAGAUCCUUACCUGGACAAGACGAUCCCAUCAGAAUGGUGCUGACCAAAGGUGUUGCCGGAAUAGGAAAAACCGCUUCAGUGCACAAGUUUGUUCUGGACUGGGCCGAAGGAAAUGCUAAUAGGGACGUUCACUUCAUCUUUCCGCUUCCUUUCAGAGACCUGAAUUUGAUGAAGGAGAAACAGAUGAGUCUGAUGGAGCUUCUUUGCUGUUUUUUCACAGAACUGAAACCUAUACAAUAUGAUGACUAUAAAACCAUCUUCAUUUUCGAUGGUCUGGAUGAGUGGCGUCUUCCUCUGGAUUUCCAGAACAAUGAGAUAUUGUGGGAUGUGACCAAAUCGGCCUCAGUGGACGUGCUGUUGACCAACCUCAUAAAGGGGAACCUCCUUCCUUCUGCUCUCAUCUGGAUCGCCACGCGACCGGCGGCAGCCAAUCAGAUCCCUGCAGAGUUUGUCGGCCGGGUCACAGAGGUACAAGGGUUCAGAGACCCUCAGAGGGCUGAGUAUUUUCGGAGAAAAAUAAAAGAUCACAAUCUGGCCAAUAGGAUCGUCACACACAUUCAAUCGUCGAGGAGCCUUCACAUCAUGUGCCGCAUCCCAGUGUUCUGCUGGAUCUCCGCCACUGUUCUUCAGAAAAUAUUAGGUGAAGCAAAGAGUACAGAGAUUCCCAAGACUCUCACUCAAAUGUUUGCACACCUCCUGAUCAUUCAGACCAAACUGAAGACCCAAAAGUAUGAUGGGAAAUGUGAAGUAGAUCUUGAGCAGGCCAGAAAGAGCAUCCUGUCACUUGGGAAACUGGCUUUUCAACAACUGGAAAAAGGCAACCUGGUCUUCUACGAGGAGGACUUGAAACAGUGCAACAUUGAUGUCCAAGAAGCAUCCAUGUACUCUGGAGUUUGUACCCAGAUAUUUAGAGAAGAGUUUGGGCUAAAGCUGGAGAAGGUGUAUAGCUUUGUGCAUCUGAGUGUUCAAGAGUUUCUCGCUGCCUUGUUUAAGUUCCUUUCCUUUGCUCGGCAGCACAAGAAUUCCUCAAUGACAGAUUUUCUGAAGCGUGAAGUAGACCGGUCCUUGCAGAGCAAGAAUGGACACCUGGAUCUCUUCCUUCGCUUUUUGCUGGGGCUUUCACUGAAGUCCAAUCAGACUCUUCUACGGGGAUUAUUCACAAUGACGAGAAGCUCCCAGGAUCCAUGUGAAAUUAUUGAGUACAUUAAGAGUAGAAUUCGAGAGAAUCCCUCUCCGGAAAAGUCCAUCAAUCUGUUUCACUGCCUGAACGAGCUCAAUGACCAGUCUCUGGUGCAGGAGGUCCAAACAUACCUGAGCAGUAGAGGCACCCAUCGCCUCUCUGGAGUCAAACUCUCUCCGGCCCAGUGGUCAGCUCUGGUGUUUGUGCUGCUGAACUCGGCGGAGGACCUGGAUGAGUUUGAACUGAGGCAAUAUGACCUGUCAGAUGAGUGUCUUCUGAGGCUACUGCCAGUGGUCAAAGCUUCCAGAAAAGCAGAUCUGAGGGGCUGUAAUCUCACAGAUCAGAUCUGUUCAGCCCUGGCCUCCGCUCUCAACUCGAUCUCCUCCAGUUUAAGAGAGCUGAACCUCAGUGACAACAACCUCCAGGUGUCAGGAGUACAGCUUCUCUCUGCGGGACUGAAGAGUCCUCACUGUAAACUGGAGAUACUGAAGUUGUGUAACUGCAGUAUUAGAGAGGAAAGUUGUGCUGCUCUGGUUUCUGCUCUUAUAUCAAACCCAUCACAUCUGAGAGAGCUCAGUCUGAACUCCAAUAAACCAGGAAAUUCAGCAGUGAAGCUUUUGUCUAAUCUACUGGAAGAUCCACACUGUAAACUAGAGAAAAUACAGCUGUAUGACUGCAGUAUUGGAGAGGAAGGUUGUGCUGCUCUUGCUUUAGCGCUGAUAUCAAACCCCUCUCAUCUGAGAGAACUCAAUCUCAACAGUAAUGAGCCAGGGGAUUCAGGAGUGAAGCUUCUCUCUGAUCUACUGAAGGAUCCAAACUGCAAACUAGAGAAACUACAGCUUGAUGAUAGCAGAAUUGGAGAGGAAGGUUUUGCUGUUCUGGUUUCAUCUCUUAUAUCAAACUCAUUACAUCUAAGAGAACUUAAUUUGAGCUGGAACAAACCCGGUGACUCAGGAGUGAAGCUUUUGUCUGACCUUCUGAAAGACUUGGACUGUAAACUGGAGAGACUACAGCUGGAGUGCUGCAGUAUUGGAGAGGAAGGUUGUGCUGCUCUUGCUUUAGCGCUGAUAUCAAACCCGUCUCAUCUGAGAGAACUCAAUCUCAACAAUAAUGAGCGGGAUUCAGGAGUGAAGCUUCUCUCUGAUCUACUGAAGGAUUCACGCUGUAAACUGAAGAAACUAGAGCUGAAAUACUGCAGUAUUGGUGAGGAAGGUUGUGCUGCUUUGGUUUCAUCUCUUAUAUCAAACCCAUCUCAUCUGAGAGAGUUCAAUAUGAGCUGUAACAAACCAGGAGAUUCAGGAGUGAAGCUUUUGUCUGAUCUACUGAAGAACCAACACUGCAAACUGGAGAAACUAAAGCUGUAUGACUGCAGUAUUGGAGAGGAAGGUUGUGCUGCUCUUGCUUUAGCACUGAUAUCAAACCCCUCUCAUCUGAGAGAACUCAAUCUCAACAAUAAUGAGCCAGGGGAUUCAGGAGUGAAGCCUCUCUCUGAUCUACUGAAGGAUCCACGCUGUAAACUGGAGAAACUAGAGCUGGAAUACUGCAGCAUUGCUAAGAAAGGUUUUGCUGCUCUGGUAUGGGGUCUGACAUCGAACUCGUCACACCUGAGAGAACUCAAUCUCAGCAGGAACGAACCAGGAGACUCUGGAGUGAAGAGGCUGUCUGAUCUCCUGAAGUAUCCGCAGUGUGAACUUGAGAAACUACAGCUUGAUGACUGUAGUAUUGGUGAGGAAGGUUUUGCUGCUCUGGUUUCAGGUCUGAUAUCAAACCCAUCACACAUCAGAGAACUCAAUCUGAACUCUAGUAAACCGGUUUACUCAGGAGUGAAUCUACUCUGUAAUCUACUGAGAGAUCAGCACUGCAAACUGAAGAAACUACAGCUGGAGUGCUGCAGUAUUGGAGAGGAAGGCUGUGCUGCUCUUGCUUUAGCGCUAAAAUCAAACCCCUCUCAUCUGAGAGAACUCAAUCUGAACUACAACGAACCAGGAGGCGCGGGAGUGAUGCUUCUGUCUAUUCUUCUGAAGAAUCCCCACUGUAAACUGGAGAAACUAGAGUUGUCUCACUGCAGUAUUACAGAGAGCGGCUGUGCUGCUCUGAGAUCAGCUCUGAGUUCAAACCCUUCACACUCAAGGGAACUCAAUCUGAAUUAUAACCAGAACACUCAACAGUGACGCUGCUUUCCAAUCGACUGGAUCCAAACUUAAAAGUCAAACUAAAUCUAGGCUUUUUAUGUUGUCUUUGUUUUUACUCUUUAUGAAUGCAAAAAAAAAAAAAAAGUGUAAAUACACAUUUUCUAUACAUGUCUUAUUUGACAACCAUUUCAGAUCAUCUUGGAGCUUUAAUGACAUAAAUAUAUAUAGAUUGAGUAUUGAAUAUGCAUAUUUUUAAAGCUAACUUAAAAUAUUUUAUCUUAUAUUUAUCUAUAUACCAAAAAGAGGAAUCUUUUGACCAUAUAAACUUAUAUAGGCUCGGCUAAUGUCCGUCCUGUGCACUGAGCGCUCUCUCCUCCACAUCAUGAGUAGACACGCCCCUUACUGCUGAUUGGCUACAAGUUUGUUUUGGUGCUCGGCCCCAACUCAGUUUUCUAAAGCGUUUUUGAAAAAAAUACAUACCCCACCUUUAAAUUUGGAGCACUGGAGCUUUCAUUUGAAUUCCAGCGGCAAAUUUACUCAAAUAGAGAGAACAGAACCGAUAUAUUUCUGUUUUUGACAGAAAAACAAACAAACAAAAAACGUCCUAUUUAAAUUUAGCCAAUCAGCAUUAAAUCCGAAAAGAGCGAUUAUUUUAUUAGCGUAUUGAUAGCUAACACUGUAUUUUUGAACAAGCACAUUUCAAUGUUUAGUGGUCUUUUGGCGUCUCCAUGUGGGCCUAUUGAUAUUGCACAUUGACUUCUAUUCUAGAUUCUGUAUAGAAAAAUAGUCUCUGAUCUCUUGUCAGUCAGGUGAUCUCCAAACUCAUCAGGCGUUAUUGGAGAGCUGUGAUCUUGGCAAACUGAAAAAAUAGACCUGUUGAAUAGAAGGGUGUCAAUAAUUGUGUCCAAUGUAUUAGAGAAAGACUUUCAUUUCAUAAUGAGAUUUUUCUCCAUUUUCAUUUGUUUUACUUCAGUGAAAGUUGAGGAUUUUGUGAUUUUUUUUUUUGUUUUUGUAUGAAGGAUGAAAAGUGUUAAUACAGAUUUAUUUUCACAUGCUUCUUUGUUCAUAUUUACCAAGGGUACCAAUAAUUCUGACCACGACUGUAUAUGCCAGAGCUGUAUUAAGGCCAUAGACUGUAAAAAAAACGUUAAGGCCCGUUCACACCAGGAACGAUAACUAUAUUAGUGUUCACCGCAGCGGACGAUAACGUUCUGUUUAUUAGCAUUCUGCAAUUGUCCUCUGCAGCUUUAACGCUCAAACUCUUUAAAGCAGGAUUGAUUCUGAUUUGCUGCCAAUGUGUUCAAUAUGUUUAUGGUUCAUCAGCUGGAAAAAAAAUACCUGAGAAAUAAUUCCAUUGAUAUAAUUCAUCUGUGUAAUCAGGGGCACAGCUAUGGUUUCUGGGUAGAAAUGAGAAGAACUUUGCAUCUCGCUUAGAGUUGAUGAAUGAAUGAAUUAAUUUCUUUAUGUAUAAACUUAUUAAGUUGUGGGUUCAUUUGGAGGACACAUGUCAAAAUGUCUGUUUUUAUUUGAAAAUGUCUGAGAUUAUUUGUACAAAAUACUGUAGCCCCUAUGGAAAUAAUAUAUAUGAAACUAAUAAAACUAAAUUGGU